UUCCAAAACCUAACAAACACUUAAACCCUAGCACCACCACACCACCAAAACCCUCCACAAAAUCAACCGCAGUUUGAACCUCACAACCGGAAUCAAUGGUGAAAUCGUAUCUCCGGUACGAAUCAGCGGCGGCGUUCGGAGUAAUCGCAUCGGUAGAAUCCAACAUCACAUACGACACCACCGGUAAACACCUACUCGCUCCGGCGCUCGAGAAGAUCGGCGUUUGGCAAGUUCGUCUUGGAAUCUGCUCCAAAACUCUUACUCCGUCUACUCAAUCUCGUGGUCCGUCUAUCGCCGUUACUUCAAUUGCAGCUGCACCUUCUCCAUCAUCUAAGAUAGUUAGCGGGCAUGCUGAUGGAAGCAUAAGAAUAUGGGACGGUGAAAGAGGAACCUGUGACACAACUUUAUACGGGCAUAAAGGGGCUACAACAGUUCUUCGGUUCAACAAGACAGGAUCAUAUCUUGCAUCCGGAAGCAAGGACAAUGACAUUGUUUUAUGGGAUGUCGUUAGUGAAGAAGGACGUUUUCGCCUACGUGGUCACCGUGAUCAGGUUACGGAUCUUGCCUUCUUGGAUUCCGGAAAAAAACUCGUCAGUGCCUCAAAGGAUAAAUUUUUAAGAGUUUGGGAUCUCGACACACAACAUUGCACACAAAUAGUCGGUGGCCAUCACAGUGAAAUUUGGUCUUUAGAUGUCGACCCUUUGCAGAGGUAUUUGGUCACUGGAUCAGGGGAUUCAGAGCUACGGUUUUAUACCAUACAACACGAUCAAACCGUUACAGACGUUAAAGAUUCAGCUGUUGAAAACAAAUGGGAAAGUUUGAAACUUUUCGGUGAAAUUAACCGACAGAGUAAAGAUCGAGUUGCAACGUUGAGUUUUAACAAUACCGGUAACCUUUUGGCUUGUCAAGUUGCAGGGAAGACAGUGGAGAUAUAUCGCGUAUUAGAUGAAGCUGAAUCUAAACGUAAAGCAAAGAGAAGAAUUAAUCGAAAAAAGGAAAAGAAAAGUUCUAAAACUGUUGAUGCUACUGAAACUGAAAACACAGAUCAUGAACUUACAGUUACCGUCUCUGAUGUAUUCAAGCUUUUGCAAACUCUAAGAGCUAACAAGAAAAUAUGUUCAAUCACGUUCUCUCCAAUAACUUCGAAGAACUCAUUAGCUACCUUAGCAUUAUCGUUAAACAACAAUUUGCUUGAAGUUUAUUCAAUUGAUAGCGAUUCAACCACCAAAACAAGUGCUAUUGAGCUUCAAGGGCAUCGUUCCGAUGUAAGAAGUGUUACACUUAAUUCAGACAGCACACUUUUAAUGUCAACGAGUCAUAAUUCUGUUAAGAUUUGGAACCCUAGUGCCGGUUCUUGUAUUCGAACCAUUGAUUCUGGGUACGGGCUGUGUAGUCUGUUUGUUCCCGGUAAUAAGUAUGCUGUCAUCGGGACAAAAAGUGGCACGCUUGAAAUUAUUGAUGUUAGAAGUGGCACGACUGUCGAAGUAGUGAAAGCUCAUACCGGUUCGGUUCAAUCAAUUGUUCACACACCGGAUGGUGGUGGUUUUGUCACCGGAAGUACUGAUCAUGAUGUUAAGUUUUGGGAGUAUCAAACCACAGAAGCUUCUGGUCAGGAUUCGGUGCAUUUGACGGUGUCCAAUGUGAGGACUUUACCGAUGAAUGAUGAUGUCAUCGUGGUGGCUGUAAGCCCUGAUGGGAAGCAUAUUGCGGCUGCUCUACUGGAUUGCACUGUCAAGGUCUACUACAUGGACACUUUAAAGUUUUUUCUUACAUUGUACGGUCACAAGCUGCCAGUGUUAUGUAUGGAUAUCUCCUCUGACGGAGAUCUUAUCGUUACCGGUUCCGCCGACAAAAAUAUAAAAAUUUGGGGUUUGGACUUCGGUGACUGUCACAAGUCCAUAUUUGCUCAUGCUGACAGUGUAACGGCAGUGAAAUUUGUUCGCAAUACCCAUUACAUGUUUAGUGUUGGGAAAGACCGUUUGGUAAAAUAUUGGGAUGCUGAUAAAUUUGAGUUGCUUUUAACUCUAGAAGGCCAUCAUGCUGAAGUUUGGUGCCUCGCUAUCAGUCAUCGCGGUGAUUUUCUCGUUACAGGGUCUCAUGAUCGAUCCAUACGACGAUGGGACCGCACUGAAGAGCCAUUUUUUCUUGAGGAAGAGAAAGAGAAACGAUUGGAAGAGAUGUUCGAGGCUGAUCUCGACAACUCGUUAGAAAACCGAUAUUUACCACAGCAAGAGCUUCCGGAAGAGGGUGCGGUAGCUGUAGCUGGAAAGAAGACGCAGGAAACUUUAUCAGCAACCGACUCUAUUAUCGAAGCACUAGACAUUGCAGCCGAAGAAUUGAAACGGAUGGCUGAACAUGAGGAGGAAAAGAGAAAGGGAAAGGGUGCGGUGUUUCAGUCCAAUAUUAUUAUGACGGGGCUCUCUCCGUCUGAUUAUAUCCUUCGUUCAGUUUCGAAAGUUCAUACCAAUGAUCUGGAGCAGACAUUACUGGCUCUACCGUUUUCGGAUGCUUUAAAGCUCUUAUCGUUUUUAAAAGACUGGUCAUCGAAUCCUGAUAAGGUUGAGUUGGUUUGUAGGAUCGCGACAGUGUUAUUGCAGGUGCAUCAUAACCAGCUAAUUGCUACCGCAAGUACCAGACCUCUUUUGGCUCUUCUUAGAGACAUACUUCAUGCUAGAGUCAAGGGAUGCAAGGAUACUCUUGGAUUCAAUCUGGCAGCAAUGGAUCACCUCAAGCAAUUGAUGGCUUCAAAAUCCGAUGCACCCUUCCGAGAUGCAAAAACCAAAUUACUAGAAAUACGCGCACAACAAUCGAAACGUGUUGAAGGAAGGGAAGACACGAAAGGUGAAAAGAGGAGGAAGAAGAAGAAACAAAAGAAGGACGACGGACAUGUGUGGUCUUGAUUUGUGGCACAUAAAAUUGUGACACAAAUGUGUAAAUGUUUGAUUAUUUUUGUAACCUUAAAUUUGAUGAUGUUAUGUUAUACACUAUGUUGGUCCAAAUUUUGAAAUUUUGUAGCUGGAGGGGAGAGAGUUUUAUGAAAAUGUGAAAGAUAAAUUUUAGACUAUUU